AUGAAACUGUUUAUAACAAAUCGCGGGAAACUCCUCAGUCGGAAUUUUCGAAGUCGUGGGGCAGCGACAAAGAGAAGGAAUUUCGUCACCCAGACAUCAAGGAGGGCUACGACGGCGGCUGGUGGAGUUUUGAAUUAUCCAGUAAUCGACCAUCAUUACGAUGCUAUUGUUGUCGGAGCUGGAGGUGCUGGCCUGCGAGCCGCGGUUGGACUUGCAGAAUCAGGUCUGGAGACUGCUUGUAUAAGCAAGCUGUUCCCUACUCGUUCUCACACUGUAGCUGCGCAGGGUGGCAUAAACGCUGCUCUGGGUAAUAUGACUAAGGAUGACUGGAGAUGGCACAUGUAUGACACUGUCAAAGGAAGUGACUGGCUCGGAGACCAAGAUGCAAUCCACUAUAUGACUCGAGAAGCACCAAAAGCGGUAUACGAGCUGGAGAAUUACGGGAUGCCAUUUUCCAGAACGAGCGAAGGAACGAUUUACCAAAGAGCUCUCGGUGGCCAGUCCUUGGAGUAUGGCAAUGGGGGCCAAGCAUAUCGAACUGCUUGCGCGGAAGAUAGAACUGGACAUGCUAUGCUUCAUACACUCUAUGGCCAGAGCUUGAAGCAUAAUACCAAUUUCUUCAUCGAGUAUUUUGCUCUUGAUCUGUUGAUGGUGGACGGAAAGUGUGCUGGGGUCAUCUGCUUGAGCAUGGAAGAUGGCACUAUCCAUAGAAUGUUUGCUCGAAACACGGUCUUGGCCACUGGCGGGUUCGGUAGAGCUUAUUUCUCGUGUACGUCUGCUCAUACGUCGACUGGUGACGGUAAUGCUAUGGUAGCAAGAGCUGGAUUGCCAAAUCAGGACAUGGAAUUCGUGCAGUUUCACCCUUCUGGCAUUUACGGUGCAGGAGUGCUAAUCACCGAAGGCGCCAGAGGCGAGGGUGGGUAUUUGCUCAAUGGGAAUGGCGAGAGAUUCAUGGAACGGUACGCUCCCACUGCGAAGGAUCUAGCUUCAAGAGAUGUUGUAUCGAGGUCCAUGAAUCUAGAAAUCAAGGAAGGAAGAGGAUGUGGACCUGAAAAGGAUCACAUCUACCUCCAGCUAUCACAUCUCCCACCUGAAGUGAUCCAUGAACGGUUACCGGGAAUUGCAGAAACGGCCAACAUCUUCUCGGGAAUCGAUAUCACAAAACAGCCCAUCCCUGUUCUCCCGACUGUACAUUAUUGCAUGGGAGGAGUCCCAACCAAUUAUAGGGGGCAAGUCAUUUCAGUAGCUGAUGAUGGAAAAGAGACUAUUGUUGAAGGCCUCUACGCAGCAGGCGAGUCGGCUUGCGUUUCUGUCCACGGCGCAAAUCGACUAGGAGCAAAUUCGUUACUAGAUAUCGUUGUGUUUGGCAGGGCAUCUGCACUUCACAUUGCAGAGAACAACAAUAAAGGAGCUCCUCAUCUCAAGGUCUCAGAAGACAUUGGCCAUAACUCGCUAGCUGAUCUUGAGAGAAUACGGACUGCGUCUGGAGAUGUCCCCAGUGCAAAGUUACGCCUUGAUAUGCAGAAGGCUAUGCAAACCGACGUUGCAGUGUUCAGGACCGAAAAGUCGCUAUCGGCUGGACACUCGGCAGUCCAGCAAGUGGAGAAAAAUUUCCAAAACCGCUUAGGCAUACGAGAUCGGAGUCUGAUCUGGAAUAGUGAUUUGGUCGAAACAUUGGAGAUGAGGAAUUUGUUGACAUGUGCUAGUCAGACAGCAAAGAGCGCCUUGGUCAGGAGAGAGAGUCGGGGUAGUCAUGCGAGAGAAGACUUUCCUGAACGACUUGAUGCUGAGUGGAUGAAGCAUACGUUGAGUUGGCAAAAGGAGGGAGAGGAUGUGAAGAUAGGCUAUAGGAAUGUAGUGUUGUCGACCCUGGAUGAGAAUGAAUGCGCAAGUGUGCCUCCGAAGAAAAGGUCUUACUAG